AUGACACAAGAAAACAAGGAAGGAUCCAUCCGCGAUCUGGUGGGCCAGGAUCAGUUCGAGAGCCCUGGCGUGUCCAAUGGCGACGUCGACUGGCUGUUUCGAGGCAAGGCUGCAAAGAAGCUGUCCAGGAAAAGCAACAACAUCUCCAAAGAUGUCCAGAACCAGAUACAACAGGCUCAGUUGCAGGCAGCCCAGCACAAUCAGCAGUCUUUGUCGACGGAAAACAGCGACGGUUCUCGUUCAGUGUCGCCGCAGCCGGUGCCGCAGCUGAAAUCGUCGCUGAAGACGGUUCCGCACGGGUCAUGUACGCCCUCGGACUCGACGACUAAGCCCUCAGAGAGCCAUGGUUCGCUUAGCCGUUCAGCCUCGAACCGAUCGCGGUCGGGUUCGCUGUCAAGUCUUGUGCCGCGAGUGCGCUCUAUGUCGGACUCGAAGGACAAGUCUCCGGUAUCUGCAGGACCCAGAAGACAGUCGCUAUUUUCGUCUAUCUCGUCCAAGUUCAAGUCGCAGUCGAGCGACACAUCGAGCAGUGCCGUGCAAGACCCAGGAAAAGACGCGUGCGAGGAAGACUCUAAGCGUGUAUCCAGCCGAAAACCGAGCGGGUCAUCAUCCAGACGGCCCUCCGUGGUGGGUCCGCAGCGACCUAUCGACUCCGUGGACGCCGCCAAACAACGUCUCGACAAUAUUCAUUUUAAGCGUGUGACGUUCUCGCUCCAGGACCUUCCAGAUGAUCCCCAGCAGCAGAUUCCUUCAAGACGACCAAGACGUGGGAAUGUUUUAAUUCCAGAGGACCUCAAUCUCCCGCCGCCAAAGCUCUCCAUAGGUAUCACAGAUAAUCUCAACAACCAGACCAAGGACGAGCCGCCCAAGGUGGACGAAAACCUAAUGAGACAGGCUUUGGAAAGACAUCAGGCUGCUCUCAUUGAGAGCAGGAAGCAUGCGCAGGAGGCGCACCAAGCUGCUUUGAGAAUAGCAAAAGAGGUGAAUUCGUACAAAAAGUACCCUAAGCUGGCGAAAGACAAAGACGACGAAGACGACUGGGAGGCCAAGAAAUACGACGAAUUGAGGAAAGGUCUGGACAUUGAUACUCCGCUGCACCAACACGUCAACUACUUUGGUGAAGAGGCAGAAGAGCACACAUAUGAGCGUCCAGAUGAGCAUUCCGAGGCUGUGGACAAUAAAGCUAAUGAUGAGCUGCCGUUGGAUCUGCUGUACACUCGCUGCUGUCAUUUGCGUGAGAUUUUGCCGAUCCCAGCUACUUUGAAGCAGCUAAAACAGAAAACAAGGCCGUUGCAUGUCUUGAAGAUGCUCAAUCCAAAGCCGACGCUCAUUGACGUCUUGUCGUUCUCAGAUUUUCUAGCCAUCGCACCUAUCAUGACGGUUAUUUUUGACAAUGUGACUUUAGACCACCAGAUGGUGAAGAUCAUCCUCGUCAGUUUGUCCAAGUCAACAACUUUGGAGAAGCUAUCGUUCAGAAACGUGGCUUUCGACAAGCAGGGAUGGACCUGGAUUUGCAAAUUCCUUACAGUGAACAAGUCCAUCUCGAAGCUGGAUUUGAGCCAGCAGCGAAUUAAGCCCGAGACUCCAAUACAGUUCUACCGGUCUGAAAUGGACUGGGACUUGUUUACACAGAGUCUGAUCAUAAAAGGCGGAAUAGAGGAACUGGUGAUCAAUGGAUGCAAGCUGUCAACAGCCCAGUUUAAGAACCUGGUCAACAACGGCUUGCGUCUGAAAACUAGAAGGCUAGGACUCGCUUCCACCAACUUGGAUGUUGACAAGGCCAAUAUUCUGGCCGAGUGGAUUUCGAGUCCUGAUACUACCUGUAUCGGUAUUGACAUCGCCGUCAAUGACUUGACGUCUCAAGUCUUAGCUCCAUUUGAAAAAGUGUUUGCAACAAAGAUGGACAACGUGAAGCUAUUCUUUUUCUCAUUGAACCAAACCAAUGUCACUAUUGAGGAUUGUGCAAAGCUAAUUGAACUUUUAAGCACCUGCAAGACUUUGCGGUUCCUGGAUCUCGGAAACAACCCGCAGCUGUUCCCGGGAAUUUUGCCCACUCUCACUGAGUAUCUGCCUAAAUUUCCCGAUCUCCGACGAAUCCACUUCGAUUUUUGCAAUUUGAGUGAGGCUGCCAUCAUUCAGCUCUGCCUGACAUUCCAAAAGUGUCCAAAGCUACUUCAUGUCUCCCUGCUCGGCAACGAAAACAUCAACCAGAGAACUGCUGCGUCGCUCUACAUUUCUGUGAAAAAUUCCAACAUUUACAAUCUUGACAUUGAUUACGAUUGCCUUGGCGACGAGGUCUCUUCUAAGAUUGCCUUCUAUCUCAUGAGAAACAUGGAGAAGUUUUUGAAUAAAGACCUGACACACAGCAGAGAGGAGGAAGAAGACCUCAUUUUUGAUGGCUCUCUCCUCACGAAGACUGCGGAAGCGCUAUUGGAAUCGAACCAGGCAAAGAAUGCUGACGAACAUCAGAUCAUCAGCAACGCCCUGGUGGAAAAGACUGUGAGACUUCGAAGUGAGAUACACAAGACCAUGAACCGUCUUUUCGAAGCAAGAGCCAACGGCAAGCUGUCGUUGGAAGGAAAGGAGACGCUGUUGCGUUUCUGUCUGCUCGACGACUCGCUGGAGAGUAUUAUCCAUAUAUUUUCUGAACAAGAGCACAAAAGCGAAGAUGGAGACAAAAAAGCCGCACUACCAGACGCUCCUGGCGUGCUAGCAAGACCCGAACUUAUCAAGAAACUGUCGAGCCACCGCGCCAGCCAGAAGUUGCCUAUGCACCGCUCGUCUUCGGACGUCAUUGUGGCUGGUCCAAUCGUUUCGCCAAAUCAGGUUGCAUUUGAGCCUGUGAACGGACCGAUUUCCGAGGAUGCUGCUCCGCACUCGGUCGUGGUCGACGCCAACUCCCAGCCGAUUGACCAUUUGACAGGUAAACCCGUCUUGAUGAGAAGUGGGUCCCAAACUUCCAUUCAUGCCAAGGAGCUGGAAGAAGAAGAAGGUGAAUUCCAUAAAUGGGGAUUUUUCGUCCAAAAACAUGACUCUGACACCUCUCUACCAGUUUCUACCGAGAAAGCACAGGAUAAGCCUCAGUUGAAGGUUAGUAGUAUUCCUUCGGGCACAGAACUACGGCAGGCUGUAAUGAAGGCCAAGGGAAUUGAAAGUGUCUCGGACCUGAUUAACAAGAUCAACAUCGACUCGUCCAAGCUUUCCUCGAUCUACGAGCCUUCAUCGGGCACAGAGCAACAGACAAAUCACACGGACGCCCAAACAAGCUCCGCCGUGCCCUCAAUAGCAGCCUCGCCUCAGACGACAGCAAUAAGUCCUCCUGUUGCUGCUGCCAAACCUCGCUCCGAGGCUUCUAUCUCUGAGCACGAAGAGCCACAAAGCCCGGUCUCCGUGAACUCGAUGGACACCUAUUUUGUCCAGGACCACGAAGCCGAUGAGGUUUACGAGAAGCUGUUGGACAACGUUGCGAAAGUGCGUUCCAACAGAUCAAGUGCUUCUGAAAAAUGA